AACAGAAAGAAAAGAUACUGAGGUGGGGAUUGGGCUUUUGCGCUCCAUUCAUUAUUCACCACCUCCAAUUCCCUUUCCAGCACCGCCCCCAAACCCACAUUGGUCUUCGCUUUCAGCCCCAAGCCCUCUCUAAGUCUCACAGCCUUUCAAGGUGAUUGGGGGUGGGCGUGGUGCGCCCUUCAACGGAGGCUACCGUUUCCUCUUGAGACCUUUAGUGGCACCAGGAGACGAAAGAGAGCACAAGGCAAAAGGAGACAGUCCUGGUAGCUGCAGUUGUUCCACUUUCCUGCUUCUGAAGCUGCUGUCCCAGACUUAAUUACGGAAAGGACCGACAACUUUGUUUCUGGCUGGAUCAGGGGUAACCCUGCUUAAGUGCCUGACUGUACUUCCCUUCUUCAACUUUAGGAGGGGCUGGUUGUGGGCAGCACCAAGAAAGUUGACCUUCCUGACUUCUUGUAUUCUGUCCCACCGUAACGUCCCUGGGAUGGAGGCUGCCAACGGGAGCAGCAAUGACUCUAGCAGACAGACCUUGUCCUCAGGGCUGGCGGCCCCAUCUCCAGCGGCCUCUUCCUCUUCGCUGUCCAUGGCCUCUGGGGUAGCCAUCCCUCCAGCUUUCCUCCGGCCCCCCAGCCUGUUCUUGCGGGCGGCAGCAGUGGCGGCCGCCGGGAGUGGAGCUUGUCCCUCUGCUGCGGGGCUGCAGAGGGGGGUUGGGGCCUUGGGCUGCGGGGUCUACCCGCGGACACCCAAGUGCGCCCGCUGCCGCAACCACGGGGUGGUGUCUGCGCUCAAGGGCCACAAGCGUUUCUGUCGUUGGAGGGACUGUGCCUGCGCCAAGUGCACUCUGAUCGCUGAGCGCCAGCGAGUGAUGGCCGCGCAAGUUGCGCUCCGCAGGCAACAGGCUCAGGAGGAGAGUGAAGCCCGUGGGCUGCAGAGGCUGCUCUAUCCUGGGCAGGCCACUGGCAGUCGCGGAGCUGGAGGCUGCGUGGACUCGGAGGUUUCCUCGGCAGCAGGGGUUGGAGUAGGGACUGCCGAAGGGCUAAAACUCAGUGCUGGGGGUCUAGGAAGCCGGAGGGCUGCUCCCUUCGAUAUUUUCCACUCAGAUUACCAGGAAGAUAAAAGAGAUUCAAAGGUUCAGAAAGUUGGCUCAUACUACGGUAGUCUAGAUAGUUCAAUAAUCACCUCACAUCAGCUUUCCUUGCGAUCUCCUGAGUCUAUUGGUGCUAAUGGAGAUGAUGAAGAGAAGCCAUCUGGGUCAGAAAACUCAGACAAGGAGGAAAACAUUCAGUCCCCUCACCCUGAGGAGCAGUCAGAAGGUACAGAGAGUCCUAGAUCUUUGUCAUCCUCUGAUAUGGAAUCAGGAAAUGAAAGUGAAUGGGCCAAAGACUUUGCUGCUGCUAGGUCCAGUCUUCCCACAAUUUCUUCCAGACCAAGAGACCCACUUGAUAUUCUUACUAAGGUGUUCCCAAAUUACAAACCCAGUCGACUAGAAAGUAUUCUGAAGUAUUGCAAAGGAGAUGUAGUCCAAGCGAUAGAACAAGUCCUGAAUGGAAAAGAACAUAAACAAGAUACUGUUGACCUUGCAAACUCAGUGGGAGCUGAAUUGACAGCUUUGCAAAGAACUAAUUUUAGCCUAGCUGGGCUAGGUAUAGGAACACUAGGGAAUAAAUCAGCCUUUUCUCCUUUGCACACUAAUUCCACUUCAUUUGGUGGUGAUCCAAAUCUCUAUAGCAUAAAUCCUAGGCUAGGUAUCAGUCCAUUAUGCCUAUCAUAUUCCUCUCCAGGAAGAGCAUUGUCUGGCUUUAUGUCCCCCUACUUAACAUCUGGUCUGGUUCCAGCUUUGCCUUUCCGGCCAGCUAUAGACUAUUCAUUUUCAGGAAUGAUCAGGGAUGCCUCUUACUUUACCAGCAAAGGCUCAGUGACCAGUAGUGGACUCUAUUCCAGAUUAAAUCAGGAAAAUCAAUAAUUUUUCCCUUUUUUAUGGAACAUUUUGGGAAUCAUGCAAGUGUUGCAAAUGCUGUGACAUAUCUGUCCUCCUAAAUAUUUUUUUCCUCAAGCAGUAUAAUAGUGUUCUCGAUUUGACCAGACUUCCCCAAAUUACUUUUAAAGAAAGAAGCAUUUGACAAUGAUGUGUGCCUUGUAUGACCCUGUAUUAAGAAAUGUUGUGUUUCUAAAGUGAAAUAUUGAAAACCACUUAUUAGCAAUAAUUAGGAAAAGCUGUUUUUUUUUCUAAAUGAUUUUCUGUGACAAAGUUGCUUUGUAAAAAACAGAACUGUAAAAUUGAAAUUUAUUUUGGUGAAAGGUAGUUUUGUCUUUACAAUACUUUUGUAGUUGAGAAGCUAUCCAGUGUAUUGUAAAUGGUUGCAAGUUAAAUGUUUACUAUGAGUUGGAUAAUUGUUAAAGUCAUUCUGAAGAAUUAUAAUAAUUUUUUACUUCUUCAUCUCUCUUUCAUUUUUUUUCCACUAAGUAAUAGUGUUUCAAAAGUUUUAUUUCUAUGCCAAAGAGAGUAAUUCUCAGUGACGUGAGAAAAAUCAAGACAUUUCAUUUUCUCAGCACCAACAUUUUAUAAUUUAAUUAUUUUCCAUUCAUACUAACAAUUUUUGGGGGAUAUUAGGGACAUGUUUUUCAAUAUGCUUUUUUAUAUCUUUCUUUUUAAACUUAAGCUUUCAAGGUUUCAAGACCCAAGGUUAAUCAUGACAGGGUAAGAGUGCACCAUCUCCUGGACACUAUCCCUUAUUACAACUCAGGUAUUAGACAAAAAUUGCUUUAUAAAAUAAGAGUUUUAAAAUUAAUUAAUUUUACAAGAGCACUAUUUUAUAGCAAGCUACUUAGAAUUUUAAUUUGUAUUUUUUUUUGUAACUAAAAUCUGUGUUAAGGCUGACAAAAUCACUUCUGACAGAAAUGAUUCCAUAGAAAGAAAAAGUAGAACUGGUUAUUGAAAACAUUAAAAAAAUGAUAUUUCAGGGCUCCUUUUGCUUAACAAUGUACAUAACAAUUGAGAAUAAGAAGAAAAGAACAUCUGAAGCAUGGGUUCUUAACCUUCUUUUGGUGUUUGUUUCAUGAACAUCUUUGGCAGUCUGAUAAAGCCUAUGGAUCUCUUCUCAGAAUUAUGUUUUCUUUCCUACAUUCCUAAUUGAAGGAACCAUUAAAUUUCAAUUAAAUGUCAGUCAAAAUAAAGACAAUUUUUCCCCAUCAACAUUCAUGGAUUUUCUGAAAUCUAUUCACAAAUUGCAAGUUAAGAAGCUCUCCUUUGAAGAAAUUAUAGAUGUAUAUAUAUGUGUAUGUAUACACUCACACAGAGCUUUUUAGCAUAACUUUCUCUAAUUUGUGCAGGAAUUGUCCUCUACCCCAACAGCUUUUUGAAAUAUUAUAUGUUUUCUCUACUGUUAAUUUAUUUUUAAAAAGGAGUUUAUUUCAGAGCCAGUGGUAUCAACUUCAGUGGUAAUAUUCAUACAAAACAAAUUUUAGGCUUCUUCAUAUCUUGUUAAUUGGUUAAAGAAGAUAACUUUGUUUCCCUCCUCUGACCUUCAUUUGCUGAAUGAGAGCUGAGCCAAAAGACUCAAUGAGGAUUCACCAAGGAUGUUAUUAGCCCAGUUACUUUUAGCAGCAUUGAGGAUUUAUUUGUUAUGUUUAUUCAUUAGUGCAAAAAAAAAUACUAAGCAUUUACAGUUUACAAGACAUUGUGCCAGGCACUGAGGAUAGAAAGUUUAAAAAAAAAAAGGCACAUACCCUGCU